AUGCCUCCAGAAAUCACAAAAGAUAUUUUUCCACAAUUACAUCUCCUCGACAUCCAUUCACAAAAUAAUGAUAAUUUAUUUGAUACUGAUUUAGGUGAAAUAAUAAAUAUAGUAGUAUCAUUUGAUAUGGGUUGGACUAAACGUGGUAACGGACGUAGCUAUGAUAGCUUGAACGGCUAUAGUACAAUUAUUGGUUUCUUAUCAGGGAAAAUUUUGGAUUACGCUACGAAAAAUCGAAAAUGCGAUCUGGGGCAUAAAAAAGAUCAUGACUGUCGAUUAAAUUUUCACAGUAGUGCUAAGGCUAUGGAGGCAGCAGCAGGAGUUCAACUUGUGAAUCAUAGUACUAUUCUGAAAGAAGCAGGUCUUCAAGUACGAGUCAUCAUAGGAGAUAAAGAUAGUUCUAUGAUUGCUGUUGUACGAGCAGACAACCCAACGAAAAAAUUCCAUAAAUUAUCUGAUAAAAAUCACUUAGCUAAGAAUUUCGGGAAAGAAUUGUACGGCAUGCAAAGUAAAUAUAAAGAAUUGACUAGAAAGAAUGCACGGAAAAAAGUAAACUGUAAUAUUCACUCGAAUUCCGGUUAG